CUGUCCCUCCCCACCCCUCGCUGACCCCUCCCCGACGCUGUUCUGCUUCCGGUGAGCCCUGCAGUUUAUACAGUGUUGAGCGCAGGGAACAGAGGGGUACUCUUCGUGGUUCCUGUAGCUCCUUGCCAUGGGGAAAUCCGAUUUUCUUACCCCCAAGGCCAUCGCUAACCGGAUCAAAUCCAAGGGGCUCCAGAAGCUGCGGUGGUAUUGCCAGAUGUGCCAGAAGCAGUGCCGAGAUGAGAAUGGUUUUAAGUGCCAUUGCAUGUCAGAGUCUCAUCAGAGACAGCUCCUUCUGGCUUCUGAAGAUCCUCAGCAAUUUAUGGAUUACUUUUCAGAGGAGUUUCGAAAUGAUUUUUUAGAACUGCUUAGAAGACGAUUUGGCACAAAGAGAGUCCAUAACAACAUUGUAUAUAAUGAGUAUAUCAGUCAUCGAGAGCAUAUCCAUAUGAAUGCUACCCAGUGGGAAACUCUGACUGAUUUUACCAAGUGGUUAGGCAGAGAAGGUUUAUGCAAAGUAGAUGAAACACCUAAAGGUUGGUAUAUUCAGUACAUUGACAGAGACCCAGAAACUAUCCGUCGACAACAAGAACAGGAGAAAAAAAAGAAGCAAGACCUUGAUGAUGAAGAAAAAACUGCCAAGUUUAUUGAAGAACAAGUGAGAAGAGGUUUAGAAGGAAAAGAACAGGAAUGUCCAGUUUUCACUGAAUUAAGCAGGGAAAAUGAUGAAGAAAAAGUUGCAUUUAAUUUGAAUAAAGGAGCAAGUACUUCAGGAACUUCUUCCAAACCAGGUUCUCUGGGUCCUAGCGCUUUGACUGCAGCAUCAGUGAAACGGAAAGAAUCAUCCCACAGCUUAUCUCAGUCAAAAGAAAAGAAGAAGAAGAAAUCUGCCCUUGAUGAGAUCAUGGAGCUUGAAGAACAAAAGAAAAAAAGUGCUCGAACAGAUUAUUGGCUGCACCCUGAAAUUAUUGUCAAAAUUAUAACCAAAAAACUUGGAGAGAAAUAUCAUAAGAAAAAAGGAGUUGUCCAGGAAGUAAUUGACAAAUACACAGCAGUGGUAAAGAUGAUCGAUUCUGGAGACAAAUUGAAACUUGACCAGACUCAUUUAGAGACAGUCAUACCAGCACCAGGAAAGAGAGUUUUGGUGUUGAAUGGAGGCUACAGGGGAAAUGAAGCAACCCUAGAGUCCAUCAAUGAGAAGAUGUUUUCUGCCACUGUCAUGAUUGAGACUGGCCCUUUAAAGGGACGCAGAGUCGAAGGUAUUCAAUAUGAAGAUAUCUCUAAACUCGCCUGAGGAUGGGAGUUGGUAAAAAGCACUUUAAAAUUCCAAAGCAUCAAAUUGGUGUUCUCUAGAACAACAUAUGACUCUACCAUGUUAGGGUGCUUCUUUUAUAUAAGACAAUAUAUAUAUAUAUAUAUGUAUAUAUAUAUAUUUAAAUACUGCUGUUUAUCUUAAACAUAUUUGGAAUUCAUUCAGAUUUAUUACUGUCUUUAAGUUGUAUCAUUUUGAAUUUUGCCCAUGUUUUAUUUCCUUUUGUAAUAUGGCUUGGAACACUGUACCUUUUAUUAAAAAGAAUGAUAUUCUAAAAUGUUUUCUAUAAAGGCAGUUGAUAGUUAUUUCUUCAGGAACCUUUUUCAGCAUUGUAAAAAAGUCUUCUUUCAGGCUGAAGAGAGCUUGUAGGCCAUCUAAUCCAACUUCCUCAUUUUUACAUAAGAAGAAACAGUGGCUUAGGGAGAUGAAUUGUUUUCUGAAAGUCAUGUGGAUGGUCAAGCUGGGACUCAAAUGAGGUCUAAUUCACCCAUCUCUUUCUUUCUGACCUCAGGCUUUGACUCUGGGUAGAGAAGGACAAAAGAAAAAGUUGCAAGAAGCUAAUGACAGUAGGCAGAUAAAAUAUUUUCUUUUGUGAUAUGUUAUGGUACAUUUGACAGUAUGUUACUUAAUUUUGUCUGGUGAUAUUUACACACUAAACUUAUUGACACAUUUGCAUAAUUCAUCUCUCUUCUGGAUUCUGAAUAUGAGUGUUGCCUAGCAACAAUUUCAUUAAGGAGACUGACUCUUCCUAAUAUAUAAUGUUAUCUUUAUAACUUGGCAUAUUUUUCUCCAGUAUGCUGUAGUUUCAUCCCCAGGAUCAAGCCUCUCCUCUCUAAUUUUGUCUCCCUAUCUGCAAAAUGAGAGUAAUAAUUUAACUCAGCUGUGAUCUGUGAAGCCUCUACUACUGUGAAUAUGGAAAUAAAAGAGGAUCCUCGGGGUAAUUACAUUUUGCUUGCAGAAUACACUGGGUACAGAUAAAUACAAAGCAAUUCCAACGGAAAGCAAGAACUAACAAUGGCAGAGUGGAUUAGGAAAGGUCUCAAGCAGCUGGUAGCACCUGGAAUGUCCUUUGAAGGAAGCUAGGAAUUUUAUGAGGCAAAGGUAAAGAGAGGAAAAGAAUUCCCAUUGUGGGGCCCUGCUUGCAUAAAUGCUCAGGACAAGGUAUGCAAUGUCACAUAUGAUGCUGCUUGAGAACAUUUGUGAUUCCUACCUCCCAGUUUUGUAUGGUUCUGAUAUAACAAUGGAAGAGCACUUUGUAAAAAUGCUCUAUUAGAAGAAACAUAAAAAUAUAUUCCUUGGAUAUACCACUUUGCUAGUUUUCCUCUUAUUAGUUUUGGCAUUUAAAAGAAAACAAAAACACUGUGUGCUCUAGGUGUGUAAGUGAAGUGGCUCAUGCCUUUAUCUAAUUGAGUGAGAGCUAUGUAAUAAUGAGGAUAAUUGUCUCCUUAAUCAAAAUCACUUAGGUAAGACUUCACUUUUCCUCUCUUCACUCACAUGGCCAGUGACCUAAAAGAUCCUUACAGUCUGGCUCCAGUCUGCUUUUCAAAACUUACUUCAUUCUUCUUCAUGCACUCCAUGGUCUAACCAAACCACCCCCCUUGCUGUCCCUUUUCACUACAUAUGCUGUCUCCCACUCCAUGGUUUUAUGUGAGAUUAUCUACAGUCCUAGAAAUGUAUUUCCUUCUUAUCAGUACCUCUUAGGAUCCCUAGUUUCUUGGAAGCUAAGCUCAAGUACUCUUGCAGCCCCAGUGCUAGUGCUUCCCAUCACUGAAAUUAUUUUCUAUUCACUUGUAUAUAUUUUGUAUAAAUAUUAUGUGUUAUUUCUAGAUAAAAUAUAAGUUCCUAGAAGGCAGGGACAGUUUCAUUUUUGUCUUUGUGUUCUGAAGGCUAGUUUGGUUCUUGGCAUAUAACAAAUCUUUGUUAGUUGGUGGAUGCAGAUAUCUGAAGAUACCUGAAGACAGAUCUUAUAUUCACUUGUAUCCUAAAAACCAUUGGAAAAUGCUCCCUUCUACCUGAAUUAGCAACUUUCUCAAGAAUAUAUAUCAUGCUACUAAUGUUGCUAGGCUAAAAGACCUAAAUAUCAUUAGAUUUUUUAACCUAAUUUUUAUUAUGUAUUUUGACCAAAAAGAUCAUUUUCAUAUACAGGUUGUCUCUUUCACAUUGUGACUUUCUAUAUCAAGAGUUUGAAUAUUUCACAGGUUGGCAUAAGAAAUUAAAUGGAAAACUUAGAAAUCCACACAAAACUAAAAAUUUACAAUAGAGUCCUAGAAAAACCCUAUAAAAGUCAGGAAGAAAAAAUUCAGACUUCUCUGGUACAAAGGAAGGGCCAAAAUUUUUUGCACUGAUUUUUUCAGUGUGCUGGAUUGCUGCGCCCCUAACCCCUCCCAUGUGGGAGAGAGAACUGUUUACAGAAAACAAAGAUGAUUGUACAUGAAAUUGUGAGUUUCAAUUUCAGAACUGCAUUUAAAAAGUAUAUAAUAAAUUCUACAUUAUUUUCAAACCUA